UCCUGCCUUUUAUGCAAGGAGCAGGCUUUGGAUGGAAAGUUAUCUCGAUAAAAUUGGCAAAUUAGCCUAACAUUAUCGAUACUUUGCAGCGCCACUGUCGCUCACCGGCUUCUUUGACGUGUUUUCAGAUCCAGUUUCAUGCGUGCGUCUUCGCCGUUCAUUAUUACGAGGAGCAAAAAAAAAAGCCAACAUCUUCAUCUCGCUAACUAUUAGCUAGGUAGCAUUAGGAGGCUAGGCGUUUAGCAUGUCACAUCUUUGCCUUGUCUUGUGUUCAUCAAGGUAGCUAGCAGCCAGCGAGUCAUCAUUUUUUCUCAGGUGGGUGCACAGAGUAAAGCUGGUCAUCGGAGCUCCCGCUGACGUUAUCGCUAAACAUUUGGGGAAAGAGCUGCAGAGAGGAGGAAACCAUCACUGCAUCGGCGUUUCAGCCAAUACUGCUGCUGCUGCUGUACCGACUGACUGAGUGUACCUCUUCAGUGGUGUGAAUGAGGGAGACAUGGCAGACCACACCCCACCUCUGGAGUCCGGCCAGCUUCUCAGCCCUGAACUCCCAAUCCUGACCUCGCCGCAACCUCCACCCAUGGUCAACGGGGAGGGCCCCCAGCAGGUAAUCCUGGUGCAGGUAAACCCAGGUGAGGCCUUCACUAUUCGACGAGAGGAUGGUCAGUAUCAGUGUAUCACAGGUCCUGCUCAGGUUCCCAUGAUGUCUCCAAAUGGUUCAGUGCCUCCAAUCUAUGUGCCUCCUGGAUACGUUUCACAGAUCAUAGAAGAGAACGGAGUGCGGCGGGUUCUGGUUUUACCUCAGCAACCAGAGUUCCACCCAGGGGGCCACUCCCCUCUCCACCACCCUCCACCUCCACCCCAUGCCCACCUGCCUGCCUUCAUCCCACACCCUGCCAUGAUGCCCCCGCCACCCCACCUGUACACGGGCAUGGCGGGGGGCGUGGGCGACAUGAGCUCUCAGUACAUCUCCCAGUACCAUCCGGCUCAUAUCUACUCAGAGCAGGUCUCUGCAGAUUCUCACUCCCAACACGGACGCCAAUCGUUUGUUCACAGAGACGACAGAACUAACAAAACGUACGAGCGUCUGCAGAAGAAACUGAAGGAGCGUCAGGGAGGUGGAGGAGGAGGGCAAGUGAAGGACAGCCCUCCCCCUUCGCCACAGAAGACUUGCAGUAGCCCUCCUACACCGGACAUUCACAAUGGCGUUGGAGGGAAAGGGCUGGAGGCAGAGCAGGGCCAGGCCAGCCAUGCAGUGGCCAGCUCUGAUAAGCAGACAGGCAGGGGGAAAAACGGAGAGUCAGGAGAACUCGACGAGGAAGCUCAGGCCCUGCAAGCACUAUUGAGUACCAUCAGUAAACCAGUGGUGUCAGACGUCCAUGCCAGAGGAGCAGUAGUGAGCUGGAGUGCACCCAACAGGCCGGAGAGUGAGAACGGGAGCAUGGAGGAAGACUGCAGCCCCACGGGACCCUUCAGCUACGAGGUCUCCAUCUCAUUUAGCGGCAAAGAUGGGAAGUACAAGGGCAUGUACUGUGGAGAAGAUCUAAGUGCAACUUUAGAAGACCUUCGACCAGCGACGGAAUAUCAUGUCAGGGUCCAGGCCAUGUGUAACUGUUUACAGGGAAGUCCGUCAGAGGCUGUGAGCUUCACCACAUUAAACUGUGAGCCAGAGCCUCCCAAUCCUCCCAGGAAGGCCAGCGGGAACAAAAACACACUCGUACUCCAGUGGAAGCCUCCAUGUGACAACGGUUCCAAGAUCCAAAACUAUAUUCUUCAGUGGGAUGAGGGAAAAGGCACUGGAAUUUAUGAACAGUGUUACCAUGGACCUCAUAAGCAGUACAGAGUGACCAAGCUUUCACCAGCCUCAAGAUACUCCUUCCGCCUUGCAGCCAAAAACGAAAUGGGUGUAAGCGAGUUCAGUGAAGUGGUGGACCUGUUCACCUCAUGCAGUGUGCCAUUGCCACCCUUCCCUCCAGAGCUGGAGAUGCCGGGGGUGACCUGGCUGUGUCUGAAGUGGCAGAGGCCCACUAGCUCUCCGAAGGAGGAUGAAAUCUUCUAUGUUUUGGAGAUGGAGGAGGAAGGCUCGGGAUAUGGCUUCCAGCCAAGCUACGACGGAGAUGACCUCACAUGCACCAUCAGGAACCUCCACAGGAGUACCAAAUACAAGUUUCGGGUGGCGGCAUACAACUCGGAGGGGAAGAGUAACCCAAGCCAGGUGGUAGAGUUUGUCACAAAGCCAGACAGACCUAGCUGUCCCUGCAGGCCUGUCAUCAGGGGAAGAGUCCUGCCCAACAGCUUCAAGAUGGCCUGGGAGUCUCCCAAAGAAAAUGGUGGAGCAGAAGUCACAAAGUACGUUGUGGAGCUGUCUGAAGGCUUAAGCGGUGUGUCAUGGGAGCUGGUAUAUUCAGGGCCAGCUGUGGAGCAUGUGUGUGAAGGCUUGAAGCCUGGCUGCUCCUACCAGACGCGAGUGUACUGCAUGAGCGAGGGGGGGCAGAGCCCGCUGUCGGAGACCCUGCAGGUCCAGACUCCCGCUGUGCCCCCAGGUCCCUGCCAGCCCCCUCGGCUGGUGGGCAAGCCCAAAGCCAGGGAGGUGCAACUGCGCUGGGGUCCCCCUCAGGUAGACGGAGGCAGCCCAGUGUCCUGCUACUUUGUGGAAGUGAGUGGGCCGCAGUUUGAGGAUAACAAGGAAGUUUACCAGGGUCCAGACCUGGACUGCUCUGUGGGAGGCUUAAUGCCUGGCAAAACCUACAGCUUCCGACUCAAGGCCGGAAACAAGGCUGGGCCUGGACUCCCUUCAGAGCGAUGUGAGAUUACAACAGGCCCCGGGGCCCCGGAGCAGUGCAAGGCUCCGUCCACCACAUGCAAAUCCCCCAGCUGUGUUGUGGUGAGCUGGGAGGCUCCAGCCUGCAAUGGAGCUCCGGUGACAGAGUUUCGUCUUGAGUGGGGCGCUGCUGAGGGCAGCAUGCAGAUGUGUUACAGUGCACCAGCGCUCAGCCAUGAAAUGAAGGGCCUACUGCCUGCAACCAACUAUUUCUGCAGAGUACAGGCUAUCAAUGUGGCUGGCGUGGGGCCCUUCAGUGAGGCGGUGUUGUGCCAGACGCCCUGCUCCGUGCCUGCAGCCGUCAGCAACUUCAGCGCGCUGAAGGAGUCCGAGCUGCAAAGGUACAAGACUACAGUGGACACAGAGGAAGACGAGGAGGAGGAAGAGGAGGAGGAGGAGGAGGAGGAAAGCAGCAAUUCCCAGCCACAACCCCUCUACUCUCCGUCCACCUGCUUGGGUAUUUGCUGGGAACCCCCGUGUGAUCACGGCUCUGAGAUCACUUCCUACCUGAUUGACCUUGGAGAACGCCAGCCCAUCGUCGUCGGCCCCGUCACUAAACACAUCAUCCAGCAUCUGCAGCCUGACACUAGCUAUAGGAUCCGAAUUCAAGCCCUAAACAGUUUGGGAGCAGGCCCAUUCAGUCACACCUUUAAGCUGAAGACGAAGCCUCUGCCCCCGCAGCCGCCCCGCCUGGAGUGCACCGCCUUCAGCCACCAGACCCUCAGGCUCAAGUGGGGCGACGGCCCAGCCAAAGCCGCCACCUCAGACGCCCUCCAGUAUCAGCUGCAGAUGGGGGACAAGAGCGGCAGAUUUAUAUCCUUGUAUAAAGGACCAUGCCACACACACAAAGUCCAGAGGCUUAAUGAGUCUACCUCUUACACGUUCCGCAUCCAGGCCUUUAAUGAGGCGGGCGAAGGGCCCUUCUCCAAUGUUUACACAUUCACCACCCCACGCUCUCCUCCAGCCCCUGUGAAAGUCCCUAAAGUGGAGCGUCUGGAUGACAACUCCUGCGAAGUCACAUGGGAGGCCCUGUCGCCCAUGAAAGGGGACCCAGUCAUCUACACCUUGCAGAGCAUGAUGGGAAACUCUGACUUUAAACAGGCCUACAAAGGCUCUGCCACAUCUUUCCAUAUCCAGAACCUGCAGCCCAACAGUGACUACCGUUUCCGGGUGUGUGCCAUCAGGCAGUGCCAGGACGCCCCAGAGCUGAGCGGUCCCUACAGUCCCACAGUGACCCUCUCCCCACAGCGCAACGACGUGGCCGUGGGCGCUUCUGCUGCUGGCUCGGGGUCCAGGGCCGGCACGGAGUCCAGCCGCGCCAGACGGAGCCUGACAGAUGAGCAGUGCGCUUUCCUCCUCCUCAUGGUUUUUGCCGUCAUCGCCAUCCUCAUCGCUUUUGUCAUCCAGUACUUUGUCAUUAAAUGAGCAGUGUACCCCCCACCCCACCCCAGCUGCAGGGUUAUAGCUUUAUUCUUUACCCCCCCCCCCCCCCCCCUGUUGUUUUGUAUUCUUCAUUUUGUACUUCUUUUCUGUUGUCAACAGAGUACUCGCAUUAGCUUUCAGGGGGGAGGGAGGGCUGGUGAGAGCGGGCUGGAUAACAGUUUUGAAUUUGAGGAUGUAACAACUAAUUUUUGGCCUGUGAUACCUUCCUCUCUUGCCUCUUGUCACCCUGCCCCAAACUCUGUGGUAUCUGUUGUUGAGUUGAGAUUUCUGUUCCAUCAUGAUUUGCUUCCUGUGCAAAAAGGAACCCCCCGAAAGAGCAGGGAUAGUUUAUUUUGGGGGAGAGGGUGGGAGGGAAGGGGCACUUCGACUCAUGUACUUGUUGAU